AUAACUGCACUCUCACACAACACGCCUGUGUCACUCACGCAACCUCCUCUAGGGAGGCACCGCAGAGCCGCUCAGACUCCAUUACCCAACAUCCCCAGCGCCAGGCUUCCGGUUUACGUCACCCGCCAAAUCUAUUUAAGGAAGUGCCGCACAACACCGACUCACGUCGGCAUCAACCAUCAAGCAUUAACCAACCAGGUGCGAGGUCCGCACGGCUCCGCGCGGAAAAGUUGCGUCAUUUUAACAACCACGCCCCUCCACCGCGCCUCCGCACGGCCCAGAAUUUCCGCAAUGCACACCUCGGAAAAUUUCUAACCACGCGGAAAAACAUGGCGGACCAGCAAGAACUACUAUGGCAGAGAGGCCGCCCCCUCACGUCCAGACAGUCCAGGAGAAGAAGCCGGUAUAAGAGCAUUCCCAGGUCUGGUCACAGCCCAUGCCUUUUUUCAAGGAAUCAGGCUCGUGAUGGGACACGGACCAUACGCCAAACUGGUCGUAGUCUUCCUCUUUACCUCACUGGGUUUCAUGCUCCACACUGGGAUUCAGAAAUGACUUCCAGAAUAUUCUACUGGUCAUCAUGUAACAGAAACGACGUCUUGACGUGGGCCGCUGCUGUAAAAAGUGAGGCGCGAACCAGAAAAGCUUCUGCCGAUCACAAUUCAACAACGGAUUAUGAAAGAACGGAUAACGCUCGAAACACGCAGAUUCUUCCUGAUGUGAGAGUCUCUGCAGAGGUUUCUCCCCCACUGCCUGAUACUGUGCAAGAUGAUGCUGUGGCGUGGAGUUUGCUGCCCCCUGUCACCCCACGUCUCUGCAACUCCGAAGCUCUCUCCAACCUGUCGUCCAGUUUGGGUCACCUCACCUCUUCGCAACAGGAGGAGCUUUCUCAUCUAAUUCACUCUUUUCCGGAACUAUUUUCAGACGUGUCCAGUCAGACCCACCUAAUAACUCAUGACAUCAGCCUUACUGAUUCCGUCCCCGUUCGUAUGCACCCUGACAGGGCUAGUCCGAUGAAGAGGGAACUAAUGAGAAAGGAAGUAACUUAUCUAUUAGAACAUGGCCUAGCAAAGCCCAGCACCAGUUCCUUGAGCUCACCAUGUUUACUGGAAAAUAAACCUGAUGGCUCAUAUAGGUUUGUUACUGACUACCGCAAGUUAAAUGCAAAAACCGUCCCAGAUUCGUUUCCUUUGCCUCGUGUAGAGGAUUGUGUGGAUAGUGUGGGUUCAGCUACAUUUGUUACUAAACUAGAUCUUCUAAAGGCCUAUUGGCAGGUGCCGCUAACUCCGUUUGCAUCUAAAGUGUCUGCUUUCGUCACUCCAGAUAACCUGCUCCAGUACACCGUUGCCGUUCGGUUUGAGGAACGCCCCCGCUACUUUUCAGCGUUUUCAGCAAGAACUACUUCUUCUUCCGCCAACCAUGCAGGAAGAAUCACGCCCCUCCCAGAGACACCCUCUGUCGUGGCUGGAUGAUGAUGCAGAGAUGGUGGCUGCUUGUAAAUCUGUGGAAGACUCCCUCAUCUCAAAGCAACCAACAAUAGGAGCUGCAGCGACCAGGGCGUCGCCAAAGGCUCCUGCUCUACAGCGGCUGUUGGUUCUCCUGCUCCUGCUGAUCCCUCUGCUUCUGCAUCCCCUGCUGGUCCGAUAGCUGCUUCUUCUGGCUCCACUACUCCUCCUGGUCCCUCUGCUGGCUUUUCUGCUGCUGUCCUGGACAAGGUUUUAAGGAACAGGACGGACCUUGCGAUGCCAGUCUCUCGGCCUGCUGCUACUCAGCCACAGCUUCAGCCCCAGGUGAAGCCUCAAUUUCAACCUCAGUCUCUGCUACAGCCUAGAAAACAGACUCCUGUGAGUUGUGAAACAGUUGUAGCCUCUUCCACCUCUACGCUAUCUGAAACCCCUUGGCACACAGUCAGGCCCAUUGUGCCUAAGCGGUCUCUGUUCAGUCCAGCUCCAGCCCUGCGUCGCUCCAGCCUUCUGCCAGUCUGGUGUUUCCUGAGGCCACUGCUACCUCGUCUCCAUCCCCAUCAUGGUCCAGGGACACGCUUUACAAGUGUAAACAGGAGCUUUCCUUCUUUGGGGAGGGAAAUAAAUCCAGGGUGCAAAACAACCCUGUGUGCAUGAUCUGUGGACAGGUGACUCAGGGACACAAAAAAUACAAAAGGAAGAGCUUCUGUACUGUAAAAAUGAUGUCCACAUCAAAGGGUCUCACAGGCAUUUUAUUUAAAAGUUUUGAGGAGUUUAUGUUGGUUCAAUGUCCGUUUUACCGCGGGUGUCAAUACCGACACUCUGGCACAGCGCGGUACCUCCCGAUGAGCAGGGGCUUGUCACCUGCUGUCUUUAGGAAGAGACUACUCGAUGACAAACAUGAAAAGUCACUACAGAGCAGUGAAAUCGACUAGUUCAUACAACCCCAAGUUUGUAGUGUUCGUAUGUCCAAUAUUUUCAUCAAUCAGCAACUGAAGCGCUGCUACCUGCUGUUCUUUCAGUAGACUGUCAAAUUCUGGAAUCACAAUCACAACGUCCGCAACUACUCCAUAUUCAGCUGCCACAUCCCAGUCAUUGUCCGGCUCUUGAAUAUCCUGAUAAUUGGACCAAACAAAUUUAAACACCACAAUUAUUAUCAUUCCCUUAUUGCAUCACAGUUAUUAGCCAAUAUUGACUUGUUUAAACCUCAUGUGGAUAACCAAACUUUUCAAGCUAUUUUACCAGCUGAUCCAUUUAAGCAAAUGAACUUUAACAUUAAUUCCAAAUACUUUAAUUUGUUUCACAUUUGAUGCUGUUCACUUAGGACUCAUUCCUUUUUAUUUUGAAUGAAUUAAAAAGAAAUGCACCUCAACUUA